UAGUCAUAGAAAGAAAGAACGCCGGUCUUUUGAUGUCAAGUUUUUCUCCGUGAAGAAUUUUUAAUUUUAUAUAUUGGGAAAGUGGUUAAUGAUGGCAGCAAAUAACUAUUUUGGGUUUACCCAUGGAGGUACCCAAUAUGGUGCGGCAACGGCCGGUGCCGCUUACGGUGGACAAACAGGGUACGCCGUGGCGCCGGCUGCGACAGCCGCGACGUACGGAACUCAGCGUGCCGCAGCAACUGGCUACGACACGGCUUAUCAGGCAGCAGCCGCUACUCAGGCAGCGGCUCACGCACACGCCCACGCCGCCGCGGCCGCAGCUUCGGCGUACGACGCCAGCAAGAGCGCUUACUACCAGCAGGCGGCGGCCGCCUACCCCACGGCGGCGCCGCAGCCCCAGCCCGCUUACGACGCCACGGCCAAGCCUACGUAUUCUACUCCCGCUACUUAUGCACAGAACAACAUUAUAAUCCAGGGCGGAGGACGCGCCGGCGGCGGCGCGAAGGCGGCUUACGGAGGCGUCUACACGGCCACCACGGCCGCCGCCACCUACCCUGCGCAGCCAUACACGGCGCCCGCUGCGCAGCAGGCCAAGCCGGCGACUAACAGGGGCACCUCUGCUUAUGAUACAGCGCUGUACAACGCGGCCACCAUGUACGUCGCGCAGCAGAACAAGACGGCCGCCAACCCGGGUUGGAAGAACUACAACAAAAGCGGAGUGGGAGCGGGUCAGCCCAGACGGCCCAAGCCACCGCCGAAGGCGCAGCAGCUGCACUACUGCGACGUGUGUAGGAUAUCGUGUGCGGGACCUCAGACGUACAAAGAGCACUUGGAAGGCCAGAAGCACAAGAAGAAAGAAGCGGCGGCAAAGGCCGGCGGCGGCGGCGGAGGAGGAGCCGGCGGCCGCGGCUCGGGCGGUGCGGCGCUGCGCUGCGAGCUGUGUGACGUCACGUGCACCGGAGCGGACGCGUACGCGGCGCACGUGCGAGGCAUCAAGCACCAGAAAGUGGUGAAGCUGCACACCAUGCUGGGCAAGCCCAUUCCCUCCACCGAGCCCACGAAGCUCUCCUCGGCGAGCAACGCCGUCGGCGGCGCGGCCAAGAUCGCGUUCGUCGCUCGCGGCGGACUCAGCUCGGUGACGGUCGGUGCCCCCGCAGACAAGGCCGAGGAGCGCGACGACGACGACGGCGAAGAGGUGCAGCCCGUGGGGCAGGACUACAUCGAGGAGAUCCGCGGGGACGACGGCAAGCCGCACAGCUUCAACUGCAAGCUCUGCGACUGCAAGUUCAACGACCCCAACGCCAAGGAGAUGCACAUGAAGGGCCGGCGCCACCGCCUGCAGUACAAGAAGAAGGUGCAACCGGACCUGGAGGUGAAGGUGAAGCCGUCGAUGCACCAGCGGAAGCUGGCCGAGGCCAAGGCCCAGCGUAUGCUCGUCAGAGACGAAAUGUGGGCUCGGCGUCGCAUGCACGAGGGCAUGGAAGACGAGGAGCGCGCCUACUGGGAGGGCGGAGCCGAGGCGUGGUGGGCGCGAGGCCCGCUGCCGCCCCACAUGCACCACCACCAUCACGGAAUGGGCAUGGGCAUGGGAUUCGCGAGCAUGGGCCGUCGCCCCGAGACCUCGGACGACCGCCACGUGGUGGCCCGCCACGCCGAGAUCUACCCCGAGGAGCAGGAGCUGCAGCAGAUUCAGCGGGUGGUGUCGCACACGGAGAAGGCGCUCAAGUCUCUCUCGGACGCCCUCGCCGACCAGGCGCUCGCCAAGGGUUCCGCUAAGCCGUCUCCGAAAGUCGAAGACAAGAAAGACGAGAAACCCGAAGGAAAAGAAGACGGCCGGGACAACCAAUUGUUCUCUUUCAUGGGCGAAGGAGAAGGCGGCGGCGGCGGAGAGAGCGGCGCGGGUCCCUCGGGGGCGCCGAGUCGGGCCCUCAAGGGCGUGAUGCGCGUGGGGCUGCUGGCCAAGGGCCUGCUGCUGCGGGGCGACAGAGACGUUCGCCUCGUGGUGCUCUGCCACGACAGGCCCACCGUCACGCUGCUCAAGCGCGUCGCCGCGGACCUGCCCGGCCACCUACAGAGGGUCAAGACGCCGGGCGACGAGGCCAAGCACAAGGUGGAGCUGCUGCCGGCCGAGGGUGCCGUGCAGGUGUCGGAGGGCGCCGUGCACGUGCUCGUGAGCCUGACGUCGGCCGUGAUGCGGGAGCCCGCCGAGGGCGGCGACGCCAAGCGAGACGACAAGGACGUGCUCCCGCGCCAGAAGUGCUUGGAUGCGUUGGCCGCCCUUCGGCACGCCAAGUGGUUCCAGGCUAGAGCGGCCAGUUUGCAGUCUUGCGUCAUCAUCAUUCGCAUCAUGCGCGACCUCUGCCGCAGGAUUCCCAACUGGACGCCGCUCAAUCCCUACGCGAUGGAGUUGCUGGUGUCGGGAGUGAUGCAGUCGGCGGGCACCGCGCUGUCCCCGGGGGAGGCGCUCCGUCGCGUCAUGGAAGCCGUGGCCGGAGGCCUGCUGCUGGAACACGGGCCCGGCCUGAGGGACCCUUGCGAGAAAGAGCUCGUCGACGCCCUGGGUAACCUGGCGCCGCAGCAACGCGAAGAUUUGACGGCGUCCGCGCAGCAGUUCCUCAGGCAGAUCGCCUUCAGACAGAUACACAAGGUGCUGGACAUGGAACCGCUGCCGAAGGUGAAGGCGGGCGGAGCGGGCGCCGGCGCGGGGAGCGCGGCGUGGAAAUUCCCGCGCAAGCGCAGGCGCUCCAACACCGACGCCGAUCACGACACGCCCAACGGCGAGGGCAAAAUAGUGAAGACGGAGGAGGCGAAGGCCGAGCCGGCGGACAAGCAGCCCGUCAAGAAGUAGUCUCGGCGAGGUCUGCGAUCUCUCGACGUGGCGAUAUCCCAUUUCUGUAAAUAUUCUCUUUUCUCUCGCUCGGGGUCAGCGAUUUGGGGACGCCGAAGUGGCGUCGAUCUGUCCAUUGUCGCGGCGUGCUCUGCGGGUCUGAUGCUAAUACACUCGUAGUGGUAUCUCGGACCGGCACGCACCUCGCACGUAGCGGUAGGCUACUCGUAUUUUAAUAUAAUUAGAUUAGUCUAAACUCUAAUAUAUGAAUUGACAGGGAGGGUCGUAGGUGUUAUUUUUAGGAUCGCAGUAUUUUGACUUAUAAAGUUAGUUCCUUUGCAGUUAAAUAAUGUAAGUUCGUCGCGGUCGCCCUCGAUUUGUCGCGAGAACUAUAUUACGAUACAUUUGACAAAUCUCUAUUUUACGAAAGACUCUACGAGACGUUUAGGUGUUCGGUUAUGUCUAGUUCUAGCGUUUAACAAAUUCGCUCGAAAUUUAUUUUCUAUAUAUUUUAAGAAAAUUGUUUUGUAAACGUACCUACGAACGAAUAUUUAUGUCAAUAAAAAUACGCAUUGUAUA